CUGCGCAACUCAGACGGCUCGUUGUAGAAAAAAGUUUCCGAUAUUUUCCGGAGAAGUAAAACAACAACGAAAGAAGUGAGUCGCCAAAAUAUCCGUACAUUGCGUCUGACGGCCGAUAUCGUGCUAACUCAGACAGCUAGCCUCGUCAGCUAACUUGUUUCAGUGUAUCGCGAAAAGUUUUCUGGAGGUUGAGAAUGAAGGUCGUUUAUGGAUGAAUCAUGACAAUGUUUCGGAGAGACUAUGCCAACUUAGCUGUGGUGACACACGUGUUCCAAGACGAUUGUGGAGACUUUAAAGUGAAGAGAGAGGUCAGACGCACAGAUAUCGUGGUCGACGGAGAGCAUGAUGAUAGGACCGCACCAUUUCGCAACCGUAAAGGCAGAGGCUCCCACAAGGGACGAUCGUUUGACAGGUCGCGAAGAGACCGUCAGCGGGGAAGCCACUCGGCAGGGUUUGGAGGUCCUGGACCGCGUUCUAGGCUUGAUGAAAUGGAUGGAGAUGUUACCAUGAGUGACAGCUCUCAGGAGAGCAGCUCCCAGAACAGAUUCAACCCAUACGGAAGAAAUUUUCGAAAAAGAGACGGACGCUUUGACAGAGACAGGCAGCCAGGCAAAGGGGGUGGAGGUGGUGGUAGAGGAGGCGGUGGCUUCUUUUUCAGAGGAGAUAGAGGUGGAGGAGCACUGAAAGCCCGAUCAGGCUGGUACAAAGUAACGAUACCACAUGGAAGAAAAUAUGAAAGGAAAUGGUUAGUGACAGCUCUCCAGAACAUCUGUUCGGUUCCCUACACACCUGUGGAGUACCAUGUUGACCAUAACAGGGUCCAUUUCUAUGUGGACGAUUCUGCUGCUGCCAAUGCACUGCACAAAUGCUCUCACAAGAUCACAGACACAGAUGGAUAUAAGGUGGAAGUGCACGUCAACCCAAGUGCUCCACCAUCCUCCAUCCAAUCCGACCUGAAGCCGGAACAUUUGGAGCACCUAAAGCAAUGCAUGGCCAAACGUUUUGAUGGUUCCCAGCAAGCGCUAGACUUGAACAACAUUCGAACUGACCCAGACCUGGUGUCCCAAAACAUUGAAGUCAUCUUGAACAGGAAAACAAACAUGGAGUCUGUCAUUAAAAUCAUUGAAGAAAACAUUCCUGAGCUGGCAUGUUUGAACCUGAGUAACAACCGUAUUCACAAAUUGGAUGAGCUUGCGGAUUUGGUUUCCAAGGUCCCCAAUCUGAAGACACUCAACCUUUCUCAGAAUGAGCUGAAAUCAGACCGGGAGCUGGACAAAGUGAAAGGACUAAAACUGUUGGAGUUGUGGCUGAACAGGAACCCACUGUGUGACCUCUUCAAGGACCAGGCUGCAUACAUCAGUGCUGUGCGGCAGAGGUUUCCCCGGCUUCUCAAACUGGAUGGGCAUGACCUUCCCCCACCCAUUGGCUUUGAUGUUGAAACGCCCACUACAAUUCCACCUUGCAAGGGCAGCUGUUUUGGUUCAGACGAAAUCAAGGCUCUCAUCCUUCGGUUUUUGCAACAGUAUUACAGUAUAUAUGACUCGGGGGACAGACAGCCUCUUCUGGAUGCUUAUCAUGAUGGAGCAUCAUUAUCCCUAACAACACCUUACUCCACCCAGAACCCCUCAAGGAGCAGUCUUGGGGAGUAUUACAAAGACAGCCGAAACCUCAAGAGGAUCAAAGACUCCACGAUACGAUUUAGACUCCUGAAGCAUACACGACUCAACGUUGUGGCUUUCCUCAACGAGCUGCCAAAAACGCAGCACGACAUCGCCUCCUUUACGAUUGAUGUGAAUACCUACACUAACACAUUACUAUCAUUCACAGUUAGUGGAGUCUUUAAAGAAGUUGUUGUUGACGGAAAGUCCAGAGAAUCCACAAUGGCCUUCUCUCGGGUUUUCAUCACAGUCCCAGCAGGAAAUUCUGGUUUGUGCAUCGUCAAUGACCAGCUUUUCAUCCGAAUGGCAACCACAGAGGAGAUCCGUCGUGCCUUCGUGGCCCCGGCACCAACUCCAUCUUCCAGCCCCGUCCCAACUCUCACCGCACCGCAGCAAGAAAUGCUCACAGCGUUUUCACAGAAGUCGGGCAUGAAUCUGGAGUGGUCACAAAAAUGUCUGCAAGACAAUGAGUGGGAUUUUAACAGAGCAGCACAGAUCUUCACACAGUUAAAGACGGAGGGCAAGAUCCCAGAUGUAGCCUUCAUAAAAUGAAGAAUAAAGUGAAGAACUGAAUCGAACAUCUGUGAAAUAAAGCCUGCAGUUAUUUUA